GGAAAAUUAUAUUUGGCUAGAAGGAGGCUGAGAAAGGGAACAGAUGGCCACCAAAAGAAUACUAGAGCAGCUAAUAGUCACUGGCAUAUUUCCGGGAUAAAAAUUUAAAUCUGAAGCCAAGCAGAAGGGUUUUUUUCUGAUCAGGGUACCGUGUAUGAAAUUGAGCCUGCUCUGCUCUAACUAGAUGAAGGUGGGCUUCCUGAAAUGUGUUUUGCGAAUGGAAUAAACAGCCUCUGUCCUGCAAUUAAUGGCUCUCGCAGUUAUGCUGACAGAAAUAGUUGACAAGUCUUCUCAUGUGGAUACAUUUUCUCAGCCUCAGCUGACUGUUCAAGAGAGUGAUCAUCUGGGAUCUAACAGAGUCUUCCAUCAGAAAGUCAGUCACAGUGCUAUUUCCCUCCCACAUCUGGAAGGCCAAGCAAAGCAUGGUUUGGCUGCAGACUCUGCAAACCCUCCCCCCCUUGAAAGCAGCCUGUGUCAGAUAACAAAUAACAGCUUGCAGAAUGUGCUCCCCCCUCUUCAGGAAAAUGGAAUUACAAGUAAGUUUCCACAAUUUAACCUUCUAAAGAGUCAUUCUGAAAAUGAUACCAGAGCUCAGAGAAAAUCAUCAGAACUGGAAAACACCAGCACCAGUGUCAAGCUGCCUAUGACUGCUUCAGAAGCCCUGAAAAAUUUUAGAAACCAGUUAACAGUCUAUGAACAAAAAGAAAUUUUCAAUUAUCCAGAGCUAUGGUUUCUUGGGCUGGAAGCUAAAAAGAUUGAAGGUUUUCCUGAAGCCCAGAAUAAUAGUUGUUAUGAUGAUGAGAAUGGUUCUUACCUAAAGGUUUUACAUGACCAUAUUGCUUAUCGAUAUGAAGUGUUGGAGGUCAUUGGAAAAGGAUCAUUUGGGCAGGUGGCUAAAUGCUUGGAUCAUAAAACCAAUGAAUUAGUGGCACUGAAAAUAAUAAGGAAUAAGAAAAGAUUUCACAGUCAGGCUUUGGUGGAAGUUAAGAUCCUUGAUGCUCUUCUGAAGAAGGACAAAGAUGAUACUCACAAUAUUAUCCACAUGAAGGAAUACUUCUACUUUCGCAAUCACUUCUGUAUUUCAUUUGAACUGCUGGGAAUAAAUUUGUAUGAGUUGAUCAAAAAGAACAAUUUCCAAGGUUUCAGUCUGUCUUUAAUUCGACACUUCACUCAGUGUGUGCUGAGAUGUUUACAAGUGCUCUACCAGGAAAGAAUCAUUCACUGUGAUCUGAAACCUGAGAACAUAUUAUUAUACCACAAAGGCCAAGGUUCGGUUAAAGUUAUCGAUUUUGGAUCAAGCUGCUAUGAACACCAAAGAGUGUACACUUACGUUCAGAGCCGGUUUUAUCGCUCACCUGAAGUGAUUCUUGGUCAUCCUUAUGCCAUGGCUGUUGACAUGUGGAGCUUAGGCUGUAUCAUGGCUGAACUUUACACAGGCUACCCACUGUUUCCAGGGGAAAAUGAGGUUGACCAACUUGCUUGCAUCAUGGAGGUUUUGGGUCUUCCACCAUCUGAUUUUAUCCAGGCUGCAUCAAGAAAGCGAACAUUCUUUGAUUCCAAAGGUUUUCCUAAAUCCAUAACCAAUAGCAAGGGAAAAAAGAGAUGCCCGGACUCAAAGGAUUUAAGCACAGUGUUGAAAACUCAUGAUGCUGGUUUCUUGGACUUUCUGAAAGGAUGUCUAAUGUGGGAACCUGCUCAGCGCAUGACUCCAGAUGAAGCAAUGAAACAUGCGUGGAUCCAGGAACCAAAAAUAUGCAGAGCAAAACAGAAAAUGCAGGUUUCAAGGAAGCUGAGUGAUGGCUCUUUCUCUACACCAGGAAAGAAAAAAGAGAAUAUCCAAAAUAUCUGGAAAGAUACAGCUGACAAUGUGAAAAGUGAACUGGGUGAAAGACUGACUCUCACUGUGCCCUCCACAGGAACAACAGAAAAUGAUGUACAAAAUCACACAAUGAAACAUGCUAUUCCGGAGAAACUUUUGGAUACUGAAAUAGAAAAGCCAAUCAAAAGUGAUCAAACAGAACACAGUGGUGAAACAGCUCUUCCAAAAAAAUCUUUCUUUUUCCCACCAAUUAAGUAAUGCAGAGUAGAAGUAAUGAUUGGUUCAGUUGCAUUCCUGGUAUAUUUUAUAGGUACUUGUACUCAGGAGCAUAACCUGUAUCUGUCUGAACAUGGACUGUGCAUAUUGUAGGUAUAUUUAAUGUUCAUUUUACUUUGAAAUAGUCCAGGCAACAAACCAGAAUUUGAAAAACAUUCAUUUUCCUCACUUCCAUCCUUGCUAUGUUCAGAGAUACUUUACAACUAGCAGCAAUAAAAUGGAGACUGUAGAGACA